AUGUCUCUUGAAGAUGAGCUGUCGUGUCCCGUGUGCACGGAGGUGUUCAGUCAGCCCGUGUUACUGAGCUGUGGACACAGUUACUGUCAUCAGUGCAUCACCGAUCAUUGGUCGGCGAGCGGCUCCAGAAGUUGCCCGGUGUGUCGACAACUCUCCCCGCAGGAGCCGAUCUCCAAUCUGGGACUCCGCAACGCCUGCGAGACGUACCUGAAAGAGCGCAGGUCCGAGAAACAGAGGGACGAAGAAUGGAAGUGUCACAUACACGGGGAGAAACUUCAGCUCUUCUGUAAAAUAGAUGAUAUGCCCAUAUGUUCACAGUGUAAGAAAGGUGCUCACAGAUAUCACAACACACAGACACUGCAGCAAUCCGUAAAACAGCGCAAGGGGAAGCUUAAAGCAGCACUUUGCUCAGCUGAGAAGACGCUCUCAUCAUUAAAGAACGGCGCCACACAAGAUGCCGAAGUCUCACGAUACAUUCAGUUUCAGACUCUGCAGACCGAGAGGAUGCUGAAGGAAGAGUUCAAGAAACUCCAUCAGUUCCUUAAAAAAGAGGAGGAGGGCAGGAUAGCAGCGCUGAAUAGAGAAGAGAAAGACAAGAGAGGAAGAAUAGAUGGUAUAAUACAAGGAAGAAUACGCUCACUUUCCGACAUGAUCAGAGAAGUGGAAGAGGAAAUAAAAGACAAUGACAUCGACUUCCUACAGAACUACACCAGCAUGAUGAGCAGAAUUGAGUGUGCACUCCUAGAACCAAUGCUGUGUUCUGAAUCUUUAAUCGACGUUCCUAAACAUCUGGGUAACCUGAAGUAUAAAGUGUGGAAGAACAUGAAGGACGUCUGCUCUUACUACCCCUUGGCCCUGAACCCAAACACAGCUCCACCAUGUUUCUCUGUAUCAGACGAUCUGACAUCUGUGACCUCGUGUGUCCAGCAGCGGGAGAAUCCCAAUCCUCUGUACAGGAACUGCAUGGUGUUGGGAAAUGUGGGAUACGGUGAUGGAGUCCACACGUUCACUAUUGAGGUGGGAAACAGCCGGCACUGGACCGUCGGCGUGUGUCUUGAACUUUUGGGCCUUGUCUAUGGUCUCAAACGUGAUGGAGACAUGUACCAUAUACUGACAUCUCAGAUAAUGUUUAAGAUGAAUGCGAAUCCUAAAGCAAUGCGUGUGAUGGUGGAGGAUUAUUAUGACCUGUGGUUUCGACGCUGGAGGAAAGUCAGCUUUUUUGACGCCAAGACCGAUUACCAUUUUGCCGAAAUAUCUAGAGUGCCUUUAGGGAGAAGACUCUUACCGUUUGUAAUCCCAGGAGAGCGCGCCGGUCCCCUGCGUGUCCUCCCAGCUGAGGUAACAUUGACCCAUGAACAAACUGACCAGAAACUUUUCUUCAUUCAGAGAUAUAGAAUCUGCUUUUUAUUUUGUUUUGGUUUUGUUAUGGUUUGUUUUUUGUAUUAUUUUGGCUAUUUUGACAAUGGAAAUACAAUGUCUGACAGAGCAAAUGAGUCCGUUAGUUAUUUUUGAAGUAAGAUAUUUAACAAUGAAUACAAAUAAAUUGUAGUUGCUUGGUGUUGGGCUAGAAUAAUUAUUGCAGUAGUGGGUUGAGUAACUUUGUUUUCCAUCUUCAUUUAAAAGUCUGUGUUGUAAGCUGUUACUGUUAACAUACUCUUACGUUGAUUUUGGAAGUCAGUGUCAUAUUUCGCUGCUGUCCUUCAAAUUCACUGUUUUUCAGGAAACAGAUAAAAGAAUUUAUUCUUUAAAAGUUUUAAAAGUUGCCAAACAUUUGAAUGGUUAGAUUUUUGUAAACCUAGUGGGUGACUAAUAAUAAUGAAAUAUCAAAAUAUGUAUUUGAAAGGUACAGUGUUGACUAACAGCUCUUUUUGCUGCUUACAUUGACACUGUGAAAAUGUGAUCCAGAGUGAAAAUAACCCGUAUGUACAUGGUGAAGAUUCAUUAAAAAUCAUUACGCUGUCAUGAAAUCAUUCAAAUGCUGAAAGAAAAAUGAAUGUAACAUUUAUAUUUUAUUUUUAUACUUACUAGUGUUCUGUAAUGAUCCAUUUCAAUCUAUUAAAUUGAAUGAUUACC